AUGGCCGGGGCAAUUGGCAGGCACGGGCAUUGGCCGCACUUUGCAAUUUGGCCGGGCAAUUGGCCCUCGGGGCAGGCGGGGCGCCAGGCAGCGCGCAAUUCGCAACAAGCGCGCAAUUAUCAGGCAGGCAGCAUUUAUGUGCCAGCAAUUGGCACACCCAAGGUGGCAAUUGGCAAUCCGGCGGCCAAGGCGGCCAAUUGGCAACGCAAUUUUGCGCAUCAGGGCAAGGGCAGGCGCAACGGCGGGGGGCAAUUCAAUGGGGGGGGGCAGCGGCAGCAAUUAUUGGCGGGCGGGCAGCACAGGCAGGGCGGCAAGGCGCGGCGGGCCGCGGGCAAUUGCGCAGGCCAGGCCAUCAAUUGGCCAGAAGGGGGCAGGCGGCAUUCAAGGCGCGAGGCAACAGGCAAGCCAUUCAAUGGCGGCGAAUUGGGGCUAUUGGCCCGCGGCAAGCAGGGGGAAUGGCGGGCAACAGGGCCCAAGGCGGGCGCAAUGCAUUGCCAGCAAUUUGGCAAUUAUUGCUCUCGCAGGCAAUUGGGGUCAAUUACCAAUGGGGCACAGGCGCCCAAUUCAAGCCCAGGCAAUUCGGGCAGGCCAUGCGGCAGGCGCAGCAAUUUGGCACGCCAAUUGGGGCAGCAAGGCCGCCAGGCGCACCCCUUAGGGGCACAAUUUGGCAAUUGCGGCGCGCAGGCAGGGGGGCCCAAUCAUUUGCAAUUGGCAAGGGUGGGCACGGGCAAUUGCAAUUUGGGGGCAAUUGUGUAA